UCACAUCUCUCAUCAGCAUGUCCUACAACUGCUGCUCUGGAAACUUCUCUUCCUGCUCCUUUGGCAGCUACCUGCGCUACCCAGGUUCCUAUGCCAGCAACCUGGUCUGUAACACUGACCUCUGCUGUCCCAGCACCUGCCAGCUGGGCUCCUCUCUCUACAGGGGUGGUCAGAAGACCUACUGGGAGCCCACCAGGUGCCAGACAUCCUGCUAUCGCCCCAGGACCUCCAUGCUCUGCAGUCCCUGCCAUAUGACUUGCCCCGGAUCUCUGGGCUUUGGGUCCAGCAGCUGCCGCCGCUCCCUGGGCUAUGGAUCUAGGAGCUGCUACUCACUGGGUCAUGGAUCCAGUGGCUUCAGAUCCCUGAAAUAUGGAGGCUGUGGUUUUCCGUCCCUGAGUUAUGGAUCCAGAUUCUGCUACCCAAAUUACUUGGCUUCUAGAGCCUACCAGUCUUCUUGUUACAGACCAAUCUGUGGAUCUCGCUUCUAUCAAUUCACCUGCUAAAAUUCUGGAUCCUUUUGAGUAUUGGGAUCAAAGUCUCUACUGAAUGCAGCCAUAGUAUUCAUUCUCUCCAAUUCCCAGUAUCCUUUUCUUCUUUCACCACCAGCUUUUUGAAUCACCUACUUCUGGCAGACUAU